UCCAGAAGCUCGGCCUCUCCGAGAGGCUCGCAUUGCACAGAUGAUCGGAGAUCUCCGGCGUGAUGACGUGCUGUGAGACCAUGACCCUGAGGAACGUCACCGGUGACCUCCUGCGCCGCCAGAUCCGGGAGAACCGGGCUCUGGACUUCCAGAGACACUAUCAUGUGACCGACCCGUUUAUAAAGCGUCUGGGGCUGGAGGCCGAGCUUCAGGGUCACUCGGGCUGUGUGAACUGUCUGGAGUGGAACGAGAGAGGAGAUCUCCUGGCCUCAGGUUCAGACGACCAGCACGCCAUCAUCUGGGACCCGUUCCGACACACCAAGCUCAUCACUAUGCACACCGGACACGCCGCCAACAUCUUCUCGGUGAAGUUCCUGCCUCACUCCGAGGACCGGAUCUUAAUCACGGGCGCCGCCGACACCAAGGUGCACGUUCAUGACCUGACGGCCAAGGAGACCAUCCACAUGUUCUCGGAGCACACGAACCGCGUCAAGCGCAUCGCGACGGCACCCAUGUGGCCCAACACCUUCUGGAGCGCGGCGGAGGACGGCGUCAUCAGGCAGUACGAUCUGAGAGAGAGCAGCAAGCGGUCCGAGGUGUUAAUAGAUCUGACGGAGUACUGCGGGCAGCUGGUGGAGGCCAAGUGUCUGGCCAUUAACCCUCGAGACAACAACUACCUGGCUGUGGGAGCCAACGGGCCCUUCGUCCGGCUCUACGACAUCAGAAUGAUCCACAAUCACAGGAAGUCUAUGAAUCAGAGCACCUCGGCCGGCGUUCACACGUUUUGCGACAAGCAGAAGUCGAUCCCGGACGGCGCCGGACAGUACUACGUGGCGGGUCACUUACCCGUGAAGCUCCCCGACUACAACAACAGACUACGGGUUCUGGUGGCCACGUACGUCACGUUCAGUCCCGACGGCACCGAGCUGCUGGUCAACAUGGGCGGAGAGCAGGUUUAUUUAUUUGAUCUGACGUUCAAACAGAGGCCGUACACAUUUCUGCUGCCCAAAAAAUGCCACGCGUCAUCAGAGGUGCAGAACGGGAAGACGACUAACGGUGUGUCGAACGGGAUUCAUCUUCCUGCUAGUCGCCUCAAACUGGCUAAAGUUUCCAGCGGCUCCGGAGAUCUUCCUCCUCAUCUGGAGAGGAUCAAGCAGCAGGCGAACGACGCGUUUGCUCGUCAGCAGUGGACUCAAGCCAUCCAGCUCUACAGCCUGGGCAUCCAUGAAGCCGGACACAACGCCAUGCUGUACGGAAACCGCGCCGCCGCAUACAUGAAGAGAAAGUGGGACGGCGAUCACUACGACGCUCUGCGCGACUGCCUGAAGGCCUUGUCUCUGAACCCGGCUCAUCUGAAGGCGCACUUCCGCUUGGCCCGCUGCCUGUUCGAGCUCAAGUACGUGGCCGAGGCUCUGGAGUGUCUGGACGACUUCAAGGGCAAGUUCCCCGAGCAGGCUCACAGCAGCGCGUGCGACGCGCUCGACAAAGACAUCAAGGCGGCGCUCUUCUCCAAAGCAGACUCCUCUGACGACAAGAAGGGGAGCAGCUCCAUCCGAUUCCACAACUUCAGCCGGAAGGAGUCGAUCCCGGAGGACGAGAUCGUGCUGAGAGAGCGAAGCUUCGACUACAAACACCGCUACUGUGGUCACUGCAACACCACCACGGAUAUCAAAGAAGCCAACUUCUUCGGAAGUAAAGGCCAGUACAUCGUAAGCGGUUCAGACGACGGCUCGUUCUUCAUCUGGGAGAAAGAGACGACGAACCUGGUUCGGAUCUUACAGGGGGACGAGUCUAUAGUAAACUGUCUGCAGCCGCAUCCCAGCUACUGCUUCCUGGCCACCAGCGGCAUCGACCCCGUGGUGCGGAUCUGGAACCCCAGACCCCGUGGUGCGGAUCUGGAACCCCAGACCGGAGGCGGAGAACGAGAACUGCCGGGUGGUGGAGGACAUGGAGAGCGCGGCUCAGGCCAACCAGAGGCGGAUGAACGCGGAUCCUCUGGAGGUGAUGCUGCUGAACAUGGGCUACCGCAUCACGGGCCUGAGCAGCCGGGGCCCCGAGGGCUCCGACGACGACGAGAGCUCCGACGGCCAGGUCCAGUGCCGCUCCAGCUAGAAGACGGCGGAGCACCUUAGAUGUUUCCUUUGCUGUUUCAGUUCUUGAGUGAAUGAACGCUCCGCUCCGUGAGUCUCCCUCGCACAGUCCACGUCCGGACACUUCAACGCUCGCACGGCGCUCGGGUCUUUCGUUUUCUUCUUUCCUUUCCCGAACGAACUUGGCGAUCUCCAAGGACUGGGAACGAGUGUCACCGUUUCAUAGAAACACGCUCGCAGCGCUUUCGUUUGGAAAUAAACCGUGUUUCUGUUCGACCCGCCGAACGUUCCUCGGGUCGGGUUUGCUGGGACUGAAAAGGUUCGAAGGGGAUUUCUUAUUAUUUUUGUACCUUUUUCUUCAGCGCCUCACUGCUCCCCUGUCAUCUUCAUCGACGAACCUGAGGAGGAUAAAGAGAGAGGCUGUGAGAAGAUGAAGAGAAACCAGAAUCCGGUCUAUUUUUGGGAUACGUGUCUGUUUAUGUUCCAUUGUGUUCAUUUCCUUUUGGGAUUUCAGUACAGUUUAGUGCAACGUUUCAAAAAUGAAUAAAUAAUAAAUGACAUUUAAAGUUUGUUGCUGUCAUGAUCUUGGAUGGGUUUUUCAGAGGAAAGCGUUAUAUUAUAUGAAUAAAAUGUAUGUUUUCUCAUCAACAGCAUGGCUUUAUAAACGCAGUAAUAAAGGAGAUAAAUAGAUCGAUCUCAGACUCAACACACUCUAUUUUCCCCAUCUGUCUCCAAUAAAAUUAAUUUAUUUACAAA